GAGUAUCUUGAAUGUAUGUUAUAGGAUGUUGAUAAUUAUAUUUGAAACUAAAGCCCUGCAAAAUGUGUAUUUUAUUUCUUUGCUCGUUGUAAAACAAUUUCCUACUUUAUGUUAAUCAGUAACAACAUGGCGGUGCAGGGAGAUUUGCGUAUCCAAAGAGAAUUGGUAAAUCCACAUUUUGACGGAUAUAAGCUUUCCCUGGAUCAUUUGCCAGUUUACACAAAGACAUUAGAUAAAGGCAUUGAUGUAAGUAAGUUGACAGAUGAGCAGUUCUCGUACCACCACGCAAAGCUGCUUUCUGUACACAACCACUUGAUCUGUGAUCCGUGGCAACCAGUGUCAGUGUAUUUUGUUGAUAAUGAUUGGGCCAUUCACAGAGCAUUCGGUACUGAUGGAAACCGUGUUGACAUCAGUGACUCGUUAUUUGGGAUCCCCGAGUCAGCCAAUUUGAGACUGCAACAUGGUCGUUUUAAUGUGACCCUGACCUUCCCUUCAGAACAGCUUGCUGUACUGUCUGACGGGGCAGGGAACCUGUAUCUGUUUGACACGGAGGACAGGAAGGGAGCACCAAAACAAUGGAAGAUUCUGUACUCCAAGCCAGUGCUGGGUGAUGGGAAGCAGUUUGUCAUCGUGGACUCUGUGCACCACUCGGACAAUGAGACGGACCGUGUGGAGUGUCUUCUCAUGCACGUGGAGGAGAGGGAGGCUGAGGCUGGAACCUCCAUGUCUCCUUUCCUCACAGUCAUUGACUGGAUCACCAUAGCUUCAGUUGACAAGAAGACCUGGUGUGUGGAGAGGAGUAGGCGUCUCGAGGGAAGCAAGCCCUAUGACUAUGCUGCUUUAGACAAGGGAGGUAACUCUGUCCUGAUCUCGGCCAGUCAGCGCUACAAGUUGGUGUCUGACUCUGUGAAGCCAGUGCAGCCUGAUACAGAUGGAGACUGGGAAGUGGUUGGGAGAGAUGACAAGCUCCCUGAAUACACCUGGACACAGGACAACGAGGACAUCCAUGUCCAGUUCACCGUGCCCACCACGGUCAGCAAGGUGGACAUCUAUCUGACCCUCAGUGCAGACCAUGUGGACUUCGGGGUCAAGAACAGCACUGUGCUCCUGAAGGGGGCGCUGCACACCGAGGUGGACGUCGAGGCCAGCACAUGGACCAUAGAAGGGCAGAAAUUGGUUUUGUCCUUAUCCAAAGAGAACCAGACUGCUUGGCCGACUGUGGUCAUCGGAGACAACAGAGGAGAGAUGGUCUUGGAUCCCGACCAGAUCGACCAAAUACAUGAGAGACUGGCCUCAUAUACGUCUGAUCAGAUGAACCCCGCCCCCGAGGAGGACCAGGAGAAGCCGUUCAACACCCAGGACCUGGAGGACUGCGACGCCAGCAGCGAGGACAGUACAUGGUUCAUGCGGAUUGACGGAGAAUCUCACAAGAUUACUAAUGAGGUGUAUCUCAGCAGCCAUCAAUGGCUGUUCAAUGUGCGUCUGGAACCCAGUAAAACCCCCGCUGUGUGUCUCAGGUAUGAUUGUGAUGGGUCGCUAUGGCAACCAGGUGAAGCUGCAAAAGAUGGCACACAGAUUCUCGAACAUGUUGGAAUGCUACAUGCGUUUGGGUAUGUGCAAGCAUCCAAAGUCCAGCGAAAGUUUUCGUCCUGUUCCCCGGAUAUGUCGUAUGCUGUGAUAUGUGACUGUACACGACACCUGUACAUUUACAGGCAGCAUAUGCCGAUUGCCUCCCCUUUGAGAAACAGGAAAACGGGGCGGCAGGUUAAUGCUGUUGCCAAGCAACAAGUGGUUGCCUUGGAUACCACUGAUGACAUUUUGGGACUGCGGGCAACAAAUGACAGAAUAUUUGUGAUGACGAGUAAUUCGCUGUUUGUGGUGAGACUUCUUAUUGAAGAGUAAACAAGUAUGACAUUGUUUUUCUGGGAUGAACAGUUGUGACAAUAUCAAGAUGCUGUCAGGCAUGUACGGGCAGAAUCAGAAAUACUGGCUGGCUGACUAAGAUGGACUGGAAUUCCCAGGAAAGUAUUCUCAUGAAGACUAAUGCACAAUUAUAAUGACUAAACUGAUAUUUGAAAUAUUGAACAAUAUAUUGUUUCAUACCUGAUAUUUAAAAAAAGUACACUUAUCAUUAUAGAAUGUCUUUGAUAUGAUAUUAAAUAUUUUUAAUUAUCAUGGUUGUAGUUUUCAGGGUGAUAAGCCAUUUUCUUCAUGUUGUCAUUAUUGUUAUAGAAGUUGAUGAAGUUCAUUGGACCCUUUGGCUAGUUGUCAAACCCCUAAAUUGUUUUGGUUAGGUUGAAAAUGGAUGUGAAAAGUACUCAGCUGAUAAAAUGUGGUUGAAUCAUAAAUAAUGUCAGAACUGUAUCUAUCAAGAAACAUAGGUGUCAUGAUUUAGAAUUGAGUUUACUGAAUGAUUCCAUGAACCAGGAAGUCCAGUGACCAACAUUCCACUCUGUAUUUGAAAGUGUCAUCAACCGUUGGCUUGUAUUAAUUUUAUAAAACCAGGGAAUUAACCAGAAAGUUAUGUGAAUUGGAGCAAGAGGAUUGGGGCCUACACCAUUCAAUUCACUUCGGGAUGUAAAAUGUGUAAUUUCUUGUUACUCAGAAUGAGUAUGUUAAUAAUGCUUUAGAUUCCAUACACUAGUAUGCUCAAAGUGCUACCUAAUUUUUUCCUUGGCCAAUAGAUCAGUGUGCUGUUGGGUAUUAUUCUCUCUGGGGUGUAUACAACCGAACUGCAGCCCAUUCGGCACUGGAAUGUUAACAGUCACAUUACCAUCUCACGACUUUCUACCGGGUACCCAUUCAGUGCUGGGUGCUUAUAGUGAAAGGGGAAAGGGAUGCUGACAUGGCUUGCAUGUUGAAGCAGAUUUGCAUCUGACUCGAGUACCCCUUGUUAUAGCAGCCCAGCCUGUGGAGUUUCUGGGUUAGAAUAGGUCCCCAGCAACCAGUGGAUCAGGUGGUGACUUGUUGGGCUGCAUGACAUUGUACUCAGUAUGACAUUGUCGGUCUUAAUAUCGAUCACUGGAUGGUCUGAUCCUGCCUUCAUAUAGCUGUAAUAUUGCAGAGUGUGGCGUUACAAACAAAUAUAGGAGCCGAGAAGUGAGGAUUGGGUGGCUGCACUGUGUCACAUGACUGAUUGUGUGUCAUCAUCGUACCUCACCUGUAUAGAUGCCUUCUCAUGUCAACACCACAGGUUUGCUUGGCCUCGACCACAUAACUUACGGCAGCAUUAAUCAACAUCCACUCACUGCAGAUCCUUUCUCGAACAAAUCUUUGAGAUUGUUUGAGAAGUCACCUUGAUCAUUUAGUGCAGAUUUGUUUAAUUCAAUUAGCUUGAGCAUGCCAAUAUAAAAUCCAAUAAGUGUAGCUCAAUAUUGUUUGAUUAUGUUUGGUAUAAUUUUGUUGUUGAUUUAGUGGGAACAGAUAUAGGCUGAUUCUGACUGAAGUUAAGGAUGCAAUCUCAUUAAAAUCAGAUCUUAGUUCUCGCUGCCACUAAACAAAGAUCUGAGCACAUCCCAUUAGGGGUCACGUCAGAACGACCUUUCAUCCGACCAAUCAGAGCAUCGCUUACCAGAUUAUGAAAGUGACAGUCGGAAUGUGAUUUCUAAUCAUGCAAACUCGAAAUCUUUAACUCCGAACUAUAGUUACAGGUUUAACGACUGAAUCCAUACAAUCUAGACCAUCUAUUAGCCAUUCCAGAAUGUUCUUUUGUUCAGGUUUUAUAUUUGUAAUCGAGAAUUUGUCAAAAUAUGUUUCGAAGCGUAG